AUGGAUCACCUAGAUGUCGACAAGAAGAAGGUGUUCGAACACCACGAGGGCGGGAGCAUCGACCAGGAAGAAGUCAUCAAUUAUGUCCCAGGGACAGCCGAGGAGAAGGCUUUACUGAGAAAGGUGGACAAGCGGCUCUUACCGAUCUUGUGGUUGAUGUACAUCUUUAAUUAUAUCGAUCGGACUAAUAUCGGGAACGCACGGGUUGGGGGUAUGGAACGUGAUCUCGGUCUGAGCUCUUCGGAAUAUUCCCUAGCCUUGUCCAUCUUCUUCGUCGGCUACCUCCUCGCCGAAGUGCCUUCCAAUAUGCUCCUCGCGCGCUCUCGUCCGAGUAUCUUUCUCCCCGCUUUGAUGUUCACCUGGGGGUGCUGCUCGAUCGCAGCCAAGGGGAUCCAUAAUACGGCCGGACUGGUGGCCUUUCGUUUCUUCCUCGGGAUCAUUGAAGCUGGGUUCUUCCCUGGAGUCAUCCUGCUACUCAGUUGUUGGUACAAGCCAAACGAAUUGUCCAAGCGACUCGCUCUCUUCUAUUCGGCCUCUCUCAUGGCGGGAGCGUUUGGUGGAUUGUUGGCAGGUGUGAUCACCCAGUACAUGGACGGUGUCGGGAAUACUCCCGGUUGGCAGUGGUUGUUCGUGAUCGAGGGCUUGGGCACGGUAGUCAUCGCCGUUGGCGCCGUCUUCGUUCUUCCCGACUACCCUAGCACCACCCGAUGGCUCUCUGAGCGUGAAAAGAAGUUUGCCGUCGCCCGGCUCGUGACCAACGAGGACGCUGCCGAUCGUCUCGGACACAUGCAAGCGUUCAAAGCGUCCGUCAAGGACUGGAAGACCUGGGCGUUCAUGUUGGUUUACGUGCUUCUAAACGGAUCAGGCACCAUCUCCUACUUCUUCCCGACCCUGAUGACCACUCUCGGCUACAGCGGUCGUGAUGCGCAGUUCAUGACCGUUCCGAUCUACGUCGUUUCCCUCGUCAUCUCCCUCGCCAUGGGGUACAACGCAGACCGAACGAACCAAAAGGCCUGGCACAUCUUUGCCGCUACCAUUCUCGGAGCUGCCUCGUUUAUCGUCACUGCGAUCGUCACCAAGGCCUCGGUGAGGUACGCCUUUAUCUGUUUCGGUGGAGCGGGAAUCUGGACGGCGGUGCCCUUGUUCUUGAGCUGGAUGGUGGGAAAUUUCGAGGGUCGUGAGAAGCGAGCGGUUUCGAUCGCCAUGAUCAACGGCUUCGGCAACCUGGCUUCGGUUUACGGGUCCUUCAUCUGGCCUAAAUCGGACGCUCCCUUGUACCGACCCGGAUUUGCCACCACGACCGCCUUGAUCGCUGCUGGUGGAGGGGUCGUCUUUGCGCUCAGGUGGAAGUUGGCCAAGGACGCUCGUAGGGCCUCCAAGAACGAGAUCGAUCAGUAA